CCCUUUUUUUUUUUUUUUUUUUUUUUUUUGUGGUGGGGGGCGAGUACGUGGAAGCCGCAGUCGUCAGCCUCGUGAACGCGCAGGGAGAAAAGCGCCGCCAAGAUGAUGUGCGAGGUGAUGCCCACCAUCAGCGAGGACACGGCGCUGAGUCAGCGCGGUUCCCAGAGCAGCUCGUCGGACCCGGACUCGCACUUUGAGCAGCUGAUGGUCAACAUGCUGGACGAGAGGGACCGGCUGCUGGACACGCUGAGGGAGACGCAGGAGAGUCUGGGUCUGGCCCAGCAGCACCUGCAGGACGUCAUCUACGACCGAGACUCGCUGCAGAGGCAGCUCAGCUCCGCCCUGCCGCAGGAGUUUGCGGCCCUCACAAAGGAGCUGAACGCCUGCAGGGAGCAGCUGCUGGAGAAGGAGGAGGAGAUCUCCGAGCUAAAGGCCGAGAGGAACAACACCAGGCUGCUGUUGGAGCAUCUGGAGUGUCUGGUGUCGCGACACGAGCGUUCUCUGCGCAUGACGGUGGUCAAGAGGCAGGCCCAGUCGCCCUCUGGGGUCUCCAGUGAGGUGGAGGUCCUCAAAGCCCUCAAGUCCUUGUUUGAGCACCACAAAGCCCUGGACGAGAAGGUGAGGGAGCGACUGCGGGUGUCAUUGGAGAGGGUGUCCGUCUUGGAGGAGGAGCUUACAGCAGCCAAUCAGGAGAUCGUGGCCUUACGUGAGCAGAAUGCUCACAUCCAGAGGAAGGUGGCGUCGGGCGACGGCGGCGAUGACAUCUUGGAGGGCGGCGAAGCUCAGCAGAAGGUCCAUGGAAAGCGGCUGUCCAACGGCUCCCUGGAGACGGCGCGGGAGGCCAGCCAGGUGGUGGAGCUGCAGGACCUGCUGGAGAAGCAGAACUACGAGUUGGCCCAGAUGAAGGAGCGCAUGUCCUCGCUGUCGUCCCGCGUCUGCGAGGUGGAGCAGGAGCUGGAGACCGCUCGUAAGGACCUCAUCAAGUCGGAGGAGAUGAACAACAAGUACCAGCGGGACAUCAAAGAGGCCAUGUGCCAGAAGGAGGAUAUGGAGGAGCGCAUCGUCACGCUGGAAAAGCGCUACCUGAGCGCCCAACGAGAGUCCACGUCGGUGCACGACAUCAACGACAAGCUGGAGAACGAGCUGGCCAACAAGGAGGCCUUCCUCAGACAGAUGGAGGAGAAGAACCGGCAGCUCCAGGAGAGGCUGGAGUUGGCCGAGCAGAAGCUCCAGCAGACCAUGAGGAAGGCCGAGACUCUACCAGAGGUGGAGGCCGAGCUGGCCCAGAGGAUUGCCGCCCUCACCAAGGCGGAGGAGCGUCACGGCAGCAUUGAGGAGAGGAUGAGGCACUUGGAGUGCCAGCUGGAGGAGAAAAACCAGGAGCUUCUCAGGGCUCGCCAGCGAGAGAAGAUGAAUGAGGAGCACAACAAGCGUCUCUCGGACACGGUCGACAGGCUCCUCACGGAGUCCAACGAGCGUCUGCAGCUUCACCUGAAGGAGCGGAUGGCGGCUCUAGAAGAGAAGAAUCUGCUGAUUCAGGACUCUGAGGGCUACAGGAAGCAGUAUGAGGAGUCCAUCCUUGAAAAGACGCACCUUGCCGGGGAGAUCGAGAAGCUGAGAUUGGAGUUGGACCAGUUCCGAUUGAGGGCAGGAUCCCUCACUGAACCUACCCUCUCACGGUCUCAUCUGGACACGUCCGGCGAGCUCCGGUUCUCGCUAGGCUCUCUGGCUGAGACCCAGUCCGACCACUACCGCUCGGCCAAAGUCAUCCGCCGGCCCAGACAGGGUCGGAUGGAUCUGCGUGAAACCAAGGCCAAGUCGCUGGGGGAGCACGAAUGGCGCUCGCAACAGCUCGGGGUUCUGGGGGGCCACCACUUCGAGAGCGACACAGAGAUGUCUGACAUCGACGACGACGACAGGGAAACGCUAUUCAGCUCCAUGGACCUCCUCUCGCCUGGCGGCCACUCUGAUGCACAAACGCUGGCCAUGAUGCUGCAGGAGCAGCUGGACGCCAUCAACAAGGAGAUCCGGCUGAUUCAGGAGGAGAAGGAGUCGACGGAGCUGCGGGCCGAGGAGAUCGAGAACCGUGUGGCCAGCGUCAGCUUGGAGGGUCUCAACCUGGCACGGAUGCACCAUCACCACCACGGCGCCUGCAUGACCGCCUCGGCCACCGCCUCCUCGCUGGCGUCGUCCUCCCCGCCCAGCGGACGCUCCACCCCAAAACUUGACCCCCGUAGUCCUGCUCGAGACAUGGAACGUAUGGGAGUGAUGACGCUGCCCAGCGAUCUGAGGAAGCACAGGAGAAAGAUAGCGGCGGUGGACGAAGACGGCCGCGAGGACAAGGCCACCAUCAAGUGCGAGACGUCACCUCCGCCGACACCGCGCACCGUCCGGAUGACGCGCACGCUGCCAUCCUCGCACAAUGACGCUCGCGGCUUUGCCUCUCUGGAGGCUGAAGGCACCCUGAGCAGCGUCGCCAGCAGCCAGGACUCCCUGCACAAGCAGCCCAAAAAGAAGGGCAUCAAGUCGUCCAUCGGGCGGCUCUUCGGCAAGAAAGAGAAGGGCCGACUGGCACAUCUUGCACACAGACACGUCAUGGUGGAUCCACAAGCCACCAUGAUGGACUCGGACAUGUCGAGCCAAGAAGUGGGCGGGGGCAAGCUUGGCACUCAGGCCGAGAAGGACCGCCGCUUGAAAAAGAAACAUGAACUCCUGGAAGAAGCCAGGAGGAAGGGCUUACCGUUCGCACAGUGGGACGGACCCACUGUGGUGGCCUGGCUGGAGCUGUGGCUGGGAAUGCCGGCCUGGUACGUGGCGGCGUGCCGCGCCAACGUCAAGAGCGGCGCCAUCAUGUCGGCCCUCUCCGACACGGAGAUCCAGCGGGAGAUCGGAAUCAGCAACCCUCUCCACCGCCUCAAGCUCCGCCUCGCCAUCCAGGAGAUGGUCUCCCUCACCAGCCCGUCGGCGCCGCCCACCUCCAGAACUCCGUCUGGCAACGUGUGGCUGACCCACGAGGAGAUGGAGACCAUGGCGGCCCCUUCCAAAACGAAGUCCCAGUCUGACGAGGGCAGCUGGGCUCAGACGCUGGCGUACGGCGACAUGAACCACGAGUGGAUCGGCAACGAGUGGCUGCCCAGUCUCGGACUACCUCAGUACCGCAGCUACUUCAUGGAGUGCCUGGUGGACGCGCGCAUGCUGGACCACCUGACCAAGAAGGACCUGAGGGUGCACCUGAAGAUGGUGGACAGCUUCCACAGAACUAGUUUACAGUACGGCAUCAUGGGUCUGAAGAAGCUCAACUAUGACAGAAAGGAGUUGGAGCGACGGCGGGAGACCAGCCAGCACGAAAUGAGAGACGUGCUGGUGUGGACCAACGAGCGCGUGGUCCGCUGGGUGCAGAGCAUCGGCCUGAGGGACUACGCCGGCAUCCUGCACGAGAGCGGCGUGCACGGAGCGCUGGUCGCCCUGGACGACAACUUUGACUACAGCAGCCUGGCUCUGCUGCUGCAGAUCCCCAACCAAAACACUCAGGCCCGUCAGAUCCUGGAGCGCGAGUACAAUAAUCUCCUGGCGCUUGGCACCGACCGGCGGUUGGAUGAGUGCGACGACAAAGACUUCCGAGGUCCGUCGUGGAGGAGACAGUUCCCGCCGCGGGACGUGCACGGGAUCAGCAUGAUGCCCGGCUCGGCCGAGACGCUGCCGGCCGGCUUCCGUCUCACCACCACGUCGGGUCACUCGCGGAGGUUACCGCCUGACGUCGGACCCUCUGCAGUGCAGCGGCUGGACAGCUCCACGGUGAGAACCUACUCGUGCUGAGAGAGAGGAGACGGACCUUAAACUGUACCCUGCCCAGUUCUGAAUGGAGCUGCUGGACAGGCCAACAUGGCUGGAGGGGUUCUGGUCUGGUCGGGGGGGCGGGGACAGUUGGGGGCACGCCAUUGGGACAACUCGCACUGCCAAGAAGCCCCCAUCUCCAAACCUCACCUACCAGCCCCUCAUUCGCUCCUAACGUGGCCUCCAGCCGCCGGUGCUAAACUAAAUCCAUCCUGCAGGCUGGCGGCCAUUUCUACCUUUUACAUGUAAAGCAUACGACGUACUGUCUUAUUUAUUUCUUCUACAAAACAUGUUGUAGGUUAUCUGUAAAUUAAUAUAAAUAUGCCAUUUUUUUAAUAUACAUACACACACGUCUAUGUGUAAAAAAAAAAAAAGGACAGAAAAGCUCUUGUGCAAAGAAAUGUUAGUGGACCAUAGAUAAUAAUAUAAUGCUGCUCUCAAACACAUCAUCCUGACAACCUUCUAUUUUUGCAUUGUGCUGAGACGAGGCCGCCCUCUAGUGGUUGCCGCGAGAUAUGUUUCUUCCAGGCAGGACGAGCCGUGAGCUUCAACCAAUAGGAACGCGUUUAGACAUCCAGCCCCGCCCAUUCGGAGGUCAGCGUCAUCGUGUGCGUAGAUUGUUGACAAAACAACGUGAGGUGACGUCAGAAACGCUUGCUGUGACAUUUUGGUGUCUUCGGACCUCGUUUUUGUCUUUUUAACCAUCAAGUUAUGCCGGGGUUUUUAUUUUUAUUUUUUUUAAACAUCUUCAAUUUGCACGAACAAGGACUCAUGAUGACAUCUUGUGUGUGUACUUUCAUUGAUUUAUGACUUGUACGUAUGUUGUGGUGAGCAAAAGAAAUUAAAAAGAAAGACUGAGUAAAA